AUGGUACUGCUACUGAUAACAAUAAUGAAACUGCUGAUAAUAAUAACGAAAAAAAUAAACCUGAAUAGCAUUGAUAACAAUAAUGAGAUUGGUUUAAUAGAGCCCAAUAGUAAUUCAACUUCUAAUUCUACAUCAAAUACAGAUUUAACAAUAAAUCCAAACAAUCAGUUAAUUCGUAUAGAUGGUACUGUUUACAAUGAUGUAGGUACUGAUCUUAUUACUAGAGGGUCUUCUGAUUUAAUGUUGAGUGGUGGUCAUAAUAAUAAUAGUAGUAGUAGUAGUAAUAACAAUGGUAACAGUAACAAUAAUACUAAUAUGAAUAGCAUUUUAUCGUUUGGUAAUGGUAACGAGAUGAGUGCUAUCUCUACAGAUAAUGGUGCAACUACAAAAUUCUAUAUAAACCCAAACAUUAAUAAUAAUUUGAAUGGUAAACCUGGAAAUUCUGGUGGAACUAAAAAGCGUGUUCUUGCUAAGACAAGGCCUGCAUUUGUCAAUAAAUUAUGGAAUAUGCUUAAUGAUCCAAUUAACCAAGAUAUGAUAAGAUGGAGUGAUGAUGGGAAAAGCUUUCUUGUUGUUAAUAGAGAAAAAUUUGUCCAUCAUGUGUUACCCAAUUAUUUCAAACAUAGUAAUUUUGCAUCAUUCGUUAGGCAAUUAAAUAUGUAUGGCUGGCAUAAAGUUCAAGAUAUUCGUAGUGGGUCAAUGAAUAUGGCAAAUAAUAAUGAUGAAAAAUGGCAAUUUGAAAAUCAAAAUUUCAUAAGAGGAAGAGAAGAUUUAUUGGAAAAUAUUAUAAGACAAAAAUCUGCAUCCAACAAUAAUAAUAAUUCAAAUUCAAAUUCAAAUGUAAAUUCUCAUGGGAAUGGGAAUGGGAAUGGGAAUAAUAAUGCCAAUGCUUCAUCCAAUACAAAUCAGGAUUCAGAAUCGAACGAUAAAGCUAUUCAACACUAUAAUGAAGAAAACCAAUCCAUUAAAGAACGUAUAAAUAAUGUUUUAAAUGAAUUGGAACAAUUAAGGUAUAAUCAAAUAAAUAUUUCCAAUGAUCUUUUAAGAAUUCGAAAAGAUAAUGAAUUAUUAUGGAAGGAAAAUAUGAUGGCAAGAGAAAGACAUAGGUCACAACAACGUGCUAUUGAAAAGAUACUACGGUUCCUAAGUUCAAUGAUGCCACAGAUGAAUACUAAGUUAUUACUUGAUGCCCCUGCACAACAACAACAGCAAGCGCCACAACAAGUCCCACCACAACAAGUCCCACAACAAGUCCCACCACAAGCUCCUUCACAAGACCAUUCUUCUGUUCCAUUGAAUAAUAACAAGAGAACACAUGACAUGAUGGACCAUUUUGAUAACUUAGAAAGUAUAUUUAGUCCCUCCGAGUUACCAAGUGACCUCAACACCCCUCCUGACUCAACAUUGGGUCUCAACACAAUAAAUGACACAGGCAAUAAUUUCAAACGUCCAAGGUACCUGUUAAAGAACGCUGAAGAAUCGCCAGAAUCACACACAACUUAUAACGACAAUUUGGGUCUCAAUACAGAUCAGUUGUGGAACACAGGUCGUAUCUCUGAAAUUCAUGACGACUCCAACACUUCUAUUGAACCUCAUGUCACACCUCAUUCUCAACCUUCCCAAGGUGUAGUGACUUCGCAGCCAAUAGUGGAUUAUCCAUUAACUAAUCAAACCUCUACUACUCUAGCUGAGUUAGAACAUAACAUCCAACAACAAGAUGAUCGUAUUCAUCAACUAGAAGAGCUAGUCUCAAAUAUCGAUGGCUCUGACUCCGGAAUGUUCGAUCUUCAAGCAUACCUUGGUAGUGGUAACUCGCCAUUACCCCCCACACCAACUCUAUCUGGCCCAGUUGUCAACCCGUCUAGUCCUACUAAUCCUCAUUAA